CCGAAGUCAAUUUUCUGGAGUUGCGCCGCUCGAGUGACAGCCAACAACGAAGCCAAGACAGGCUGAUCAUUCCUCUCCUUUUCAAAUUUUCACAUGCGAUCAGGUCAGCUGCUGACAGCAAAGUGCAAUUUGUGCCGUCCAGUUGCUCUUCACGACGAUAACACCCCAGCCGCGCAUCGUCUGUGGUGCCCCCGAUCACUCAGCUCACUUCGCGGCGCGUACUCAGAGGAUCUGUGAUCGCGCGGGCUCCCGCAUUCCGAUCCCAAACCACCACCGCAGCACCCCGCCCCUCCUGAGACAAGAAUUCCGUGAGAAAGUAAUAGCAAACCACCAUGGCGGGCGGCACCGAGCCUUUCCCGCCGCUCACCUCGGCAGCGGAUCGCCAAUUGCACUCGGAGGCGAACGCGACCCGCCGGCGUAGGAAGUCGAGCAUUCUGGGGACGGAAUUGCGGGUCGGCGAUACAGGGGCGCCGUCCAUAGCAACGGGGAUUGCUCAUCUCAAUGGCAUCGCAAAGGAGCCGAUGACUAGCCCUGCGACACCGUCCAAGCGGUUCUCGAAGCGGCGGAAGGCGCGGUCAGCUCUGCGACGCGCCAAGAAUAUCGCCGUCAAGCACACCUGGGUGAUACCGCUUGUAAUCCUGCUCGUCUUCCUCUCGCUCUACGCCAUGAACCCGUCCGAAAGCAACCCGGUCCAUCACUUCCUCUUCCUCUCGUACAAGCUGCCCCAGACAGAGUCAGAUGAGCGACCGCAAUACGGCAAGGGGCUGUGGGAUGUCGCGUUUGUGUCCUUCUACACCGUUGUGCUGUCCUUUACGCGCGAAUUUAUCAUGCAGGAGAUCCUGCGGCCCAUGGCUCGCUGGGCUGGGCUCAGGUCCCGGGGCAAGCAGGCACGCUACAUGGAGCAGAUGUACACGGCGCUAUACUUCGGCAUCAUGGGGCCCGUGGGCGUGUGGGUUAUGAGCCGCACGCCCGUGUGGUACUUCAACACCCGCGGCAUGUACGAGAACUUCCCGCACAUGACCCACGACGCCGCUUUCAAGUUCUACUACCUGUUCCAGGCCGCGUACUGGGCCCAGCAGGCUAUUGUGCUGUUGCUGGGAAUGGAGAAGCCGCGCAAGGACUUCAAGGAGCUCGUCUGCCAUCAUAUCGUCAGUCUGGCGCUGAUUGGCCUGAGCUACCGAUUCCACUUCACCUACAUGGGCCUGGCGGUGUAUAUCACGCACGACAUUAGCGAUUUCUUCCUUGCUACCUCCAAGACCCUGAACUACCUCGACCACUGGCUAACCGGGCCCUACUACUUCACCUUCAUGUGCGUGUGGAUCUACCUGCGCCACUACCUCAACCUGCGCAUCCUCUUCAGCCUCUUCACCGAGUUCAGGACGGUCGGCCCGUUCGAGCUGAACUGGGAGACGCAGCAGUACAAGUGCUUGCUCUCCCAGGUCAUCACCCUGGCCCUGCUCAGCGCCCUGCAGGCUCUCAACCUGUUCUGGUUGUUCUUCAUCAUCCGAAUUGCCUAUCGUUUCGUCGUCCACAACGUUGCCAAGGACGAUCGGAGUGAGCCCGAGGAGUCUGAGGCCGAGGAGGCGAACGGGGCGCCGCUGGUGGCGAACGGCAAGGCGAAGUCCACUGCCUUGACUCCCAAUGGGGCUGCCAACGGGGUGGCCAAGAAGAGCCAGCGGUAAAGUUACCUCUGCCAUCCUUUCUUCUUCUUCUUCUGUAUGAUAUGUUGCUUAGACGGGGUUGUAAUGUCUGCGAGUAAAGAGGAGGGCGCACGAUUUCCGUCGGGAUGGAUAACACAUAUCGCUCGCUUCUCUAUGCAUCACUGCAUGGUCACGACACGGCGGGCAAGCCGGGGGUAAUGCGCGGGUGUCCGGGGCGUUGUUUUUUGGAGAUGGUGAUCCGGUUGUUCUUACCACUGUCCAACCGGGUUGGGAACGUCGCUCAACCUCGAGGCAUCUUCAUUCGCUGGGAACAGGCCGGGAAACGAUACAUUCGCUUAUUGGGAACGGAAUAAGGAAGAGGCUGCGGGUCACGACGGGAAGACGAACGUAAUGAAACGGAUUGGCUCGGUCC